AUGCCCACCCCACUGCCAUAUCCCAGCAAGCUGACAUAUCAUGAAAUCGCCAAUCUGGCCUGGAAGGUCAUCGCAGCCUUAGGAGUAGGCAUCUACGCCGCCGUGAAAUUCCCAUUUACGGGCAACGACAACACAAAGACCUUCCGCGCUUAUGUCUCUCAUGCCUUUCUAAGGCAAAUUACAAAAAGGCUAUCAAUACGCCAGAUCCAACUCACAACAACAGGAACCUCGUACAGCGAAUUUGCAAAGUCAAGGGAGAUAGUUCCCUACACCUCCCGUUGGGGAGAAAACGGUCAUGGAUACUGGGUUGGGAGCAGCAGCGCCGCCUAUGUCCUGGUGUGGUUUCACGGCGGGAACUACUACUCGCCAGCACACCCAGCAUACUUCGACUACCUCAAUGGUAUAGCGGAAACGGUGUGCAGCAGCAUAGGAAACCAGUUCGCCGUCCUUGUUCCGCCAUACACAUUAGCCCCGCAUGCAAAGUAUCCAUGCCAGUUGCGCGAAGGACUCGAUGUCCUGCGGUAUCUGGUAGAAGUUGAAGGAAAAGAGCCCGGAAAAAUCAUUCUGGGAGGAGACUCUGCGGGGGGAAACCUAGUGCUUGGAAUUCUUUCCCACCUGUCGCAUCCUCAUUCUGAUCCAGAUAUUCCCGCAGGUCCUUAUAUACAAGAGGACUUGGCUGGUGCUUUGCUGAUGGGUCCAUGGGUGACAUUUGACCAGUCCUGGCCGUCCAUUGAACGGAAUACUGACCGGGACUGUAUCUCUCUAGUCCCCUCGAGCAUCAGUGCAGAGAACUGGCUAGGCGAGAAGCCCUUGGAUAACUAUAAUGAGCCUCUGCGAGCGCCGGUGGAUUGGUGGAGUAAUGUAAAAGCGAGGCAGCUGCUACUUAUUGCUGGUGAAGAUGAUCUUAUGGUGGACUCGCAUGAAGCAUUUGCAGCAAAUCUCAAGGUGGGGUUCUUCUACUUCACAGAUAAGUUUGGAUUUCUAGCAUACUGA